AUGGUACGUGCUUCUUCAGAUUCAGACUCUGAUGAUAAGAAAAGCAAGAUAGAAGCACCAGAUGGAGGAUGGGGAUGGGCCGUUGUCGCAGGUGCAACAAUAUUGAACUUUCUGAUAGGAGGCGCUGUGAACACCUUCGGUGUGCUUUAUGUGGCACUACUAGCCAGGUACGACCAAGGUGCAGGAACAACGGCAUGGGUCGGAUCAAUGGCUAAUGCCAUGGGACUAUUGCUAGGUCCAUUAUCAAGUGCUCUCAGUAACCGGUUUUCCUGCCGGAAGAUGGUGAUUCUCGGUGGUAUAUUGACGUCACUAGGUUGGGUCAGCACCGGUUUUAUGCCAAGAAUAGAAUAUAUGUUUAUUUCCUAUGGUCUUCUAGCAGGUAUAGGAAAGUCAUUUUCAUUUACACCAAGUAUAUUAAUAGUCGGUCAGUGGUUCAAUAAAAGACGUUCACUUGCUAAUGGAAUUUCGGUGGCUGGAGCUGGAUUUGGAACAUUCGCAUUUGCGCCUCUCUUGGAAACUCUUCUCUCGAAAUAUGGAUUUACAUAUACAAUGGUGAUAAUGGGCGGAGUUAUGUUGGCAAUGAGUGUCUGCGGAGUGUUAUUCCGUCCUGUUCCUACAAUAGAUGGUGCAAAAUCAAGUCAAGAUUCUACAACUGAGUGCGGAGUCAUGGAUGAGCAAACCUGCGUAAAUACUAUUUCUCAUCCAGACGUGAUUCCGGCCAAUAAAGGUUCUAAAGACGAUACUGUUAAAAAGAGAGAAGAAUUUAAAACACUAAAGGACUAUUUAGAUUACACACUGAUGAAAAAUCCUAAAUUUUUAUUUUUUGGACUAUCGCUAAUGUUAGCUACAUUGGGACAUUCCCCGGCGACCGUCAUGUUACCUCCGCUUGCUCUACAACAUGACGUCACGGCUGAGAAAUCAGCGUUCCUGCUCUCAAUUACGGGUAUAGCUGAUAUCAUUGGAAGACUUUGCUUCGGUGCUGUCUGUGAUAUCAGAGCCCUCCAAGAGAACAGAAAGUAUCUGUACGUAGCUUCGAUUUUCAUAAGCGGAAUUGCAAAUAUAACUUGUGGCUUUGCAAGCAAGUAUUGGCAAUUUGCAACAUAUUCUGUGAUAUUUGGAUUGUUUGCCGGCUCAUACAAUGCUCUCACACCUGUGAUAUUGGUUGAUCUUCUAGGUGUUGACAAGCUAUCCAGUUCAUUUGGAUUGUCUCUGUUAUUCCAAGGUGCAGGAUUUCUUCUAGGACCACCAAUCGCAGGUUGGAUGAGGGAUGGGUUCGGAACAUACCAAACUGCUUUCUUUUUUGCCGGUGUUUCUAUGGUAAUAAGCUCCUUAGUCAUCAACCUAUCAUCGCUGUGUGGAAAGAAAAUACAACUUCAAACAUCCGAAGAAGGGAACAGUGAUGCUAAAACAAAUGAUAUUGUUAUAUUAAAUGAUGAAAUACCAAGGACCACAGCUAUAUCUGUUACAAUUUGCUCAGGCAAUGUCUUCACUGGUCAUGCGAUUCCCUCCGAGUCUGGUGCACAUUUAAAUUUGACAUUUGUCGAGGACGAUGCAGAGUGUUCUACAACUAAAAACAGGGGAAGCUAUUCACUGUUGUAUGCACGGGUGGCGCCAUCUUUGCGAGAGACGGAAUCGGCAACCAUGUUCAAGAAACCUAAAAGAAAUUUCCGUUUAAGACCAGUUAAAUUUGAAUCUGAUGAUGAAAAUGAAGAAGAAAUGGAGACAGAGGAAACGGCUCCUCGCAUCCAAAUUAAACAGGAACCAAACGUAAAUAAACCUGUCAAAGAAAAGAAGAAAAAAGAGAAGUCGAAAUCCGUUCUCAGUUUUGAUCACGACGAGGGUGACACAACUUUUCAAGUGAAAAAGUCUAGUCACAGUAAGAAGAUGGCCAAGUUACUGAAGAAAGAAUCUCAGCUAGAGAAACAGUCUGAUGAUAAUACUGUUGUCAAAUCUGAGACAGAAACAGGCAAAGUUAAAGAAGAGCCAAAAGAUCCUGAGGAUGUGGAAGACAGAAUUAAGAAAUUGCGUGAGGAAUUACUUACAAUGAAUGGAGAUGAUGCUGCUGCACUUGAGGAGCCUGAUAGUGAUGAUGAAGGCACAUUCAAGAAAAUGCUCAAAAGAGGAGAGAUUCCUGAUGCCACUACAAUACAUCAGAUACGUAAACAACGUCAAAUGGCAAGAGACAUGGGAGAUUUCCUACCCCUCGAUGAUACAGUCAAGUUUGAAAAUACCAAAUCUCGCCUUAUAAGGGAAGAUGACAAUGAUAAGAGUGAUGACGAGGAUGAAAGGAUUGACUUCUCCUCCAAUCAGCACGCCAUAGAGAGACAGAAAGUGAAGGAGAAUUUCCUCCGUGCUGAACACGGGAGUGAUGAAGGCAGUGACCAGGAGAGGGAAUGGGAAGAUCAGCAAAUACAGAAAGGUGUCAGUGUUAUACAACAGGUACCUUCUACACAAGAUCUGUUAAGCUACGACCAAGACAGCCAGCCAGCAGCAGACGCCAUGUUUAGUAACGGUUUCCAAGGUAACAAUGGUUUCCACGGUAACAUGCCACCUGCUGAAGGAGGAUUCCAGGGUCUGCCUAAGAUGAGGAUGUUAAAGUCAACUGAAGAUAUCACACUUGAGUCACUCAUCAAAAGACUAAAAGAUAGAUUAACAAGUAUGGAUGAGGUUCAUCGGACACACAAGCAGGAGUCGGACAAGUUGGAACACGAUAUAGAGGACUCACAGAUGAGCAUCGUAAAUUGUGAAGCAAGUGCACCAAAAUUGGAGGACCGAUUUCGGUUCUUCCAAGAAAUGAGGGGGUAUGUUCGCGACUUGGUUGAAUGUUUGAAUGAAAAGGUUCCGAUGAUCAAUGACUUGGAGACGAGGAUGAAUAAUUUACUCAGAAAUAGGUCGGCCAAAUUUGCGAGCCGUCGUCAACAGGAUAUACAAGAUCAAUGCCAAGCUUACAUGACAAACAAAGCACAAGUUGUUGUAGAUCAUGACAAUCAGCUUAGACAGCGUAGGAUAGCUGAAAGAGAGGCUAGAAGGGCUCGGAGACGGAGAGGGCGGGAAGGAAAGAACAUCUCGGGUCAUCACGAGGGUCUGUCAUCUGACGAUGAAGAGAAUCAAUCAGAAAUUACUAAAUAUUGCCAGGAAAGAGAUGAGAUAGAGAUGAGAGCAUCUGAAGUGUUAGAGGAUGUGGUAGAUGACUUCAGUGAUACAGAUUGUGUUAGAGAGAGAUUCAUGAGCUGGAAACGUAAAUACGGUGACACAUAUAAAGAGGCUUAUAUAGGACUUUGUCUCCCUAAACUUGUCAACCCAUUUGUGAGACUGCAGUUAAUCAACUGGAAUCCAUUUGAUGAACGGUGUAAAGACGUUGAAGAGAUGAAAUGGUUUGAUUCACUGUUAUUCUAUGGUUUUGAAGAAGGCAGCCCAAUAGAUAAAGAUGAUGAUGAUAACAAACUUAUACCAGCUGUAGUAGAUAAGAUAGUGCUACCUAAACUCUCCUUAAUGAAUUUACUGAAGGCAUUGGUUUUACGAAUGAAGAAAACAUUAGAUGAUGAUGUUUUUAUGCCUUUAUAUCCAAAAACAGUUCUGGAGAAUAGAAAUUCUGGACCAAGUGUGUUCUUUCAUAGACAGUCAUGGACAUGUAUAAAAUUAUUGGGGCAUUUCUUAUCAUGGGAUGGUAUAAUCUCGAGGAAGGUAUUACAGGGCUUAGCUCUAGAUGGUCUCCUCAACAGAUAUAUAUUGCUUGGUCUACAGACUGCUCCCUUCAACCAGGAAACACUUCUCAAAUGUCAAACGAUUGUUUCUUCUCUGCCAAAAACUUGGUUUGAAGAGCUGAACGAGGACAAGACAAUACCCCAGCUUGAAAACUUUUGUCGAUUUCUUUUGUAUGCUGCACAGCUGUUGGAGAAAGCUGCUGUGACUUCAUCAGAAAUACAGCGCAAAGACCUGAAAGAACAAAUGAAGCAGAUCAGUAAACUGUUAGUGAACAUACACGCGCUAGAACAUGCUAUGAAACUGUCGGAGCUCUACAAUCUCGCUGCUAAAUGACAAAUAAAUGAUGACGAUACAGUACCUACCUUGAAUAUGACCAAUGAUGAUCCAGAACUUACCUUGAAACUGACCAAUGACGAUCCAGCGUGUACUCUAAAAUUAUCCGAGUUGAAUAUAACUUCUAAAUGAUAAAACAGUGGUAAAUAAGAACUCACUGUGAAACUUUCAGAUUUAAGCUGUCACUGUGAAGUAACAAGGAGGGCUGUGUAUGGAAACAACAUGAUAUUGUUAUAUCAAAGGCUGUCUGCUAAGGGACCAUGUUUUGAUAUAAGCUUGAAUGCUGAGUAAUAAAAGAUCAACAUUUUGUGUAUGAAAUAUACAUAAACUUCAUGAUGUGAUUGAUAGCUAUGAAGUUGUUAUAUGAAAUAUGUGUUAAUUUUAUAAGAACUACAUUGUCGAAUGGAAAUAUGAAAAAAAAAAAAAAAAAUAAACAUGAACUAGAGUCGAAGUGCUAAAUGGAUGUGAAUAUUUGUGAUAAACUCCGUAGAUCUAUAGUAAAUAUUUGUUUAAUAAACUCUUAAGUAAAAGAUUAACAGUGAAUAUUUGUGUUAUAAAUUUGGUAGAUGAAAAGUGAAUAUUUGUAACAAACUUGGUUCAUAAAAAUUGAGAGAGAAAAAUAUAAUAAACUCACCGAGUUGAGGUCAAUUGGUAAAUGACUAUGCAAUUUUUAUUGGAGGGCAACAUUGACAUUUGUAACAUAAAUUAACAUGCCAGGAACUUUCAAAGCUGUGUGACAGAAUAUUUAUAUGUAUAGGGUGCUGUUUUCAUGGCUUAUCAGUAAAUAUCUGACAUGUCGCAAAUAAAUCCUCACAAACAAGUCUGUACAUAUUACAUAAAUACAUUUCAUAUUUAACAUAGUAUUUUAUUUGUCUCUCUGUUAAGAAUGAAUAAUUAAUAUCCAAUUCAAGAAAAUAUUUUUAAGAAAGGUUGGAUUUCAUUGUGUUACAUAAUACAUUGUAGUGAAAUCCCCUCAUACAUUGUAUAAUCUGACAAGGAAUUAAGUCUGUUUAGACAUUGUACCCUAUUUGUUUCUUCUUUAACACUGUACAAAGUGAAGUUAACAGCUAUCGUAUCAUGUAAAAAUUCUGAUUUUUUCAAAUACCAUACUGAAAUUGCUGUUUAUAAUUUUGUUCAUUUUAUUUAUACAUUCAUGAGUGAUACACAAGAGCAAACUCCUUGCAGGGGUUACUUCCCUUGAUCUGUAUGAGGAAUGAAGAAUAGUAUGACUAUGACAUAAUUUUUAGUUGAUAAGAUUAAAUGUUAGUUAUAAUAUGAUUUUUUUCUUAGUAACAAUUUUACCUUCUGUUACUAUCAAGCCUUAGAUUAGUUUAUUAUGCUGUAUCCCUUUUGGAAACACCUGUUUACUGUUUCUAUUCAGUUGAACAGUUGGUUUACAGGAUAGCUGUAUUAACAGUAAAUUUGCAUCUGACAGGCACUGUACUCUCUUACAAUACAUGGGUCAGUGCCAAAUGGACAAGUUAUAUUAACUAAAAAAUACUAGCACCUGAAAUUUCAAACAAAGGCAAGCAAAUAUAAUUAUCAUAGCCAUUGGGCACAUUUGUAUUACCAAUAAUGGUCACAUUAUCAUAAAAUUAUCUCCCCUUGAUCAUCAAGCACAAAAUUACUACCCAGCACCUGUUUACAAAAUAAAAUAUAUAUUUCAUAAAGUGAUAUUUAUUUGGAACCUAAACUAUACACUCCCUUCACACAAAAUUGUCUCUUAUAUACUUAACCGGACACUAAUACACACUGCCAUUCUGAAAGUUUACAACUGUCUCCUGUAGCAUAUAAUUUUUGUUUUCAACAAAUCCAAACAGAAAUCAUAUUUUUAUACUAAAGAUAAAAAAGUGAUAUGAAAAUUUGAUUAUUUUUAUAACAUUACAUUUGUUUGUUAAGUCAUGUGUAAAAUGUAUGGUAAAUGUUUUAUCAUGAUAUGUCACAUUUGUUUUUGUUUAAAGGUAUUUGAUAUGAUGGUAAUUUAUGUGAAAUUAGGAAAUAAACAUGUUUGAAUGAUGA